AUGUCUUGUUUGGACUCCAUUAAAGCUCUAACCUUCAUAUCAUCUUCUUCACCAUUCUAUGCCGUGAAAUCACACUCCUUUCCAAGUUUACCAGCCCGCAACUCCCUCGUGCCUCCUAAAAACCUCAAAACCUUCCCAAGAUUUGCAGUAAUGGAGCUCAAGGCAUCUCAGGCGCCACCGCCAACAAGGUAUGCGGUGGUGACAGGAGCAAACAAAGGCAUCGGCUUUGAGACUGUGCGCCAGCUGGCAACCGCCGGCGUCACCGUUGUCCUGACGGCCCGGAACCAAGAGAGGGGAUCGGAGGCCGCGAAGCAGCUGCAGGAAUCUGGUCUGUCUAAUGUAAUAUUCCACCAGCUUGAUGUUCGAGAUGCACAGAGCAUACAAGAUCUUGCCAAGUUCGUGGCGCGACGGUUUGAAAGGCUUGAUAUUUUGGUAAACAACGCUGGAGCUUCUGGGGUAGAAGUUGAUGAAAAUGCGCUUAGGGCUUUAAACAUUGACGCUGCAACAUGGCUGGCGGGGAAGGCAGUGAACUUGGUUCAAGAUGCCAUUAAGACAACCUAUGAGAAGGCCAAAGAAUGCAUAGACACGAACUACUACGGUGUCAAGAACGUAACUGAAGCCCUUAUCCCUUCACUUCAACAGUCCACCUCAGGAGCAAGAAUUGUGAAUGUCUCUUCUUUGAGGAGUGAGUUAAAUCGUGUCCCUAACGAGGAUAGAAGGAAAGAACUUGGAGAUAUCGACACAUUAACAGAAGAGAAAAUCGAGAGAAUACUUCAACAAUUUCUACACGACUUGCAGCAUGAUGCGCUAGAGGCCAACGGAUGGCAAAAGAUGCUACCAGCAUACAGCAUAUCUAAGGCCACUCUUAAUGCGUACACGAGAGUUCUGGCCAAAAGAUAUCCUGAAAUGUGUAUAAACUGCGUGCAUCCAGGGUUUGUGAACACGGAUAUCAACUGGCGCACGGGGACCAUGACUGUGCAAGAAGGGGCCGAGGGGCCCGUAAUGCUAGCCUUGUUGCCCGAGGGAGGCCCCACUGGCUGCUAUUUUGACCGCACGCAGCCCCUGCCGGAAUCAGCGGAAAGGACGAAACCCGACCUCGAACGCCCCUGCGAAGGACGAGAGGAAGCGUCGUAUCAAUCGGAUGGCCGUGCGGCUAGGGGCGGACCACCGGCUAAGGUCAGGCGCCGCUGUGGAAGGCAAUUGAUGGAGGCGGCUCUAACAGACAAGUUAAAGUUCUAA